AUGGCAAACAACGGCCCAUCUAUCAAGAGUGAGCCUGGUGUUCCAGGCUCCGAGGCGUGGGAUGAGGAACGUCUGGAACAGGCUCUGAACGAGCUCAAGCUCUUACAUGUCAAGCUUCGCGGUUUGCGAACGACGAUACCACGAAUGAUGGAACCUUUGUCCGUCAAACAGCCAAGCCCCCAAAUUACCUUCCAAGCGUACAUGGAGUCGGUCGCUGCGGCUAAGAAGGAAGUGCAAGACUUUCAGGACCUAAGGAAGAGCGAAAAGAUAACGAACAUCAUGGAACAUGCCACACAACGUCGGCAAGAGGAGCCUAAUGGUAUAAAGGCAUGGCGAACGACAGACCAUCCUGACUGGACAACGACAGACUCCUAG